UGACGCAAACUCUUCUCUUUUGCCUUUUGCAGUCGUCUUUGAGGAUCUCGCCGUCUGUGCCCUUCCUUAUGUCCGGAAUGCAAAGGGAUCCUUUCAAGCUAGCUCUGGGCUCUCGUAUGGACCACAGCAGCUCACCUCUCACCCCACCACCCAGUUCCACCCCAAGCGGUGGUCUGUCCCACCGCUGGCCUGGUGCCUCCAUCUGGCCCAACUGGGACCUAAUGAAGACCCCUGAGAGCCCAUUCAGCAUUGAAAGAGAGGCCUGGCUUCACAGACAGGCAGCCUCAAUCAAUGAAGCUACCUUCACAUGGAGUGGACAGUUGCCCCCCAGACACUACCAAAAUCCCAUUUACUCCUGCAAGGUCUUUUUAGGAGGAGUUCCUUGGGACAUCACUGAAGCUGGUUUGAUAAACACUUUUAAAUGCUAUGGCCCUCUGAGCGUGGAGUGGCCAGGUAAGGAUGGCAAGCACCCUCGCUGCCCUCCGAAAGGUAAUAUGCCCAAAGGUUAUGUGUAUUUGGUGUUUGAAUCUGACAAGUCCGUGCGUGCCCUGCUGCAGGACUGCACUGAGGACCUGCUUCAUCCUGAGGGCUACAGCGAGUAUUACUUCAAAAUGUCCAGCAGAAGGAUGCGCUGCAAAGAUGCACAGGUAAUCCCUUGGGUGAUUUCAGACAGCAACUAUGUGAGUUGCCCCUCUCAGAGGCUGGACCCUAGGAACACUGUGUUUGUAGGAGCUCUGCAUGGCAUGCUCAAUGCUGAGGCCCUGGCCAGCAUCAUGAAUGAUCUGUUCGGAGGUGUUGUGUAUGCGGGCAUCGACACAGACAAGCACAAGUACCCCAUUGGAUCUGGACGUGUAACCUUUAACAACCAACGCAGUUAUCUGAAAGCCGUGAGUGCUGCAUUUGUUGAGAUAAAGACGCCCAAAUUUACAAAGAAGUUCCUCCCCCUUCCCCAGACCUGCUUCAAAUACUACUGUCGCUCCUGCUGGCAUAGGCAGCACUCCAUGGACAUCCUCAGCAACCACCGGCCUCUGAUGCGAAACCAGAAGAAGCGGGAUGUCAUCUGAAGCCACACGUGGCAGCACGAUGCCUCACCCUGGAUGUCCAUUGCGCUUGCUCCCCUUGGGGAGUUGCUCCAGAGUUGGCCCCCCCUUCAAAAGGCCCUCCCAGGAGUUGGGGCAUGGGGAAUCACUGUAGAAAGUUCACUGUGUCACUUUCUUUUUAGUUUGGCUUGUUCACUUUGGCACUGUACACAGUGAGAUGGGUUAGCUGGGGCCCAUGGAUGGGAAGACCCAGAGUUUUGAACUAAGUUGAGAUUCAGGCCAUGGGCUGAAGGUUUUUUUUUUUUUUUUUUUUUUUUUUUUUUUUUUUUUUUUUUUGUCCCCCCCCAUUUUAUAUAGGUUGCUAUUUUGCUUUGGUAAAUCAUUCUAAAGUAUCAUUGUUUAACAGAAGGAAGCCAUACAGUGCCUUUAAUUGGUUUUCCCUUUCCACACUAGCUGCUUUUUUCUGGCACUUUUUUGCCAAUUUUUUUUUUUUUUUUGAGAUGCUACAAAAGCCAGAUGCUCAUCAUGACAUAUUUCACCGUUUUAGUUUACAUACAUUUUUACAUGAAACCGUUUUAAGGUAUGGCAUGGAAAAGGUUGAGUAGCAAUCUACCUGGUGGAUUUUUAAUUUUGCGCUUUUUUUUCUUUCUUUUCCCUAUGAGUAUUUUUGCCUUUAUCAGUGUUCUGUUUGGUAGAACAAGAGGCUUGCACGUAACCCUGCAGAUCUAUUUGCCCAUCCAGAUCAAUUUCAGUGCGUGCCUCCACUAGGCGUUGCUUUUACUGCUCUCGAUCAGAUUUCAAAACCAACUUAAUAUAUUAAUCCUGAAAUGAGAAUGGCCAUCGACUGCACGUAGUUUUAUUGCACUUUUUAAUUUACACUUUGUAAAGGGGUAGGUUUUUAAUCACUUAAAUAGUACAUCAGCAGGUGUUGUGGGUGAGUGCCCAAAUGGCUGCUUGUUGAAUUUAAAACCAUAGACUUCCCUUGAAUUUACCAAGAGCCUUAGCAGACUAGAUGCAAAUGUCACUUUACUCAUUUUCUGCUGAAUGGAUAACUUUACUUUCAGAACCAAGAUUGUCUUCUCUCUCAUCACCAUAUGCAUUCCAUGCAGAGCUAUUUAUCAAGCUCCUGUCAUUCUACCUCAUUGUUGUCUGCCAAGUUUGCUUAUAAAGGUGAAGUUUGAAUUUUUGAAUGGGCACAAUAAAGGUGUUUAAGCAUUA